ACCUUGAAACGCCACUUCCACUCAGUCCCAUUCCCAAGAACUUAAAGUGAAUCGGACUCCCUCUCUAUAAAAAGGAAGUUCUGGCUUCUUCUGAACCGAGACGGGUUGAGAGGCAGACAAGAUCCUAGUCUCUAGAUCUUUCGAUUCGGGCAAGAAGACAUGCAUCUGAUCUCUUUGGUGGCCCUGACCGGGCUGGUCUUGCUGAGGACCUUUGCUGCAGCGCGGGACCCAGCCCUGGACGAAGCCUGGAGAGAUUGGAAGAUCACCCACAACAAGGUUUACCGCGAGAGGAACUCAGAAGACCACCGGAGAACCAUAUGGGAGGAGAACUUCCGGAUGAUUGAAGAACACAACCGCGAAGCUUCCCGGGGGAGACAUUCCUAUCGGAUGGCGAUGAACCACUUGGGCGAUUUGACUAAAGAAGAGUUCAUGGAGAGGCUGAAUGGACUCAGCCCUGAACUGCCCAGAGAACAUGGCCGGAGAACAACUUUGUUCCAAAAAUCCAACAACCCGUCGCUUCCUUCCUCUGUGGACUGGCGCACCAAAGGCUAUGUCACCCCAGUUAAAGAUCAGGGUAGCUGCGGGUCUUGUUGGGCUUUCAGUGCCACCGGAGCCCUGGAAGGUUACCUAGCCCGGACAACUGGCCGGCUGGUCUCGCUGAGCGAACAAAACCUGGUUGACUGCUCCUGGCAGCAGGGCAACCAAGGCUGCAAUGGAGGUUGGCCAAGCUGGGCUUUCCAAUACGUGCUGGAUAACCAGGGACUCGACUCCGAAAAAAGCUACCCCUACGUCGGACAGGAUCUAUCUUGUACGUACAAAUCUGCAAACCUCGCCGUCAGGAUCAACGGCUACGUGGAUAUUCCGAGUAACGACGAGGCUGCCUUGCAAGAAGCCGUAGCCACUUAUGGGCCAGUUACUGUGGCCCUGGACGCCUCCGACUUCCACUUUUACAGCUCAGGAGUCUUCGACUACCCCAGCUGCGGAACAUCCUUGAACCACGCCGUCCUGGCCGUCGGCUACGGGACUCAGAAUGGGACUCCUUAUUGGAUCAUAAAGAACAGCUGGGGUCCCGACUGGGGUGAAGGUGGCUACAUUCUGCUGAAGAGAGGAUCCAAUCAAUGCGGUGUAGCAGAGGUGGCUAGUUACCCGGUGUAACCAGCUAUGGGUCCACAAUCGUUCUUUCGGGGAAUUUCCAUCAAUCAGAGCAACAAACCAUCAGGAGUGCCGGCCUUCCCCCGGCAUCUCUUAUCUAGUGCUUACCAAACGGAACAGAAACGACAUUUGGAAGUCAAAUCAUACUGAGCCCCCUCCUUGAAACUUUUAACAAUAAAGAUUUGAGCAUGUGGUUUGGCUGUUUGGAGCGAGUCCUUGCAUAAGCGACUGCAUUUCCUGGAGGUUGCAUUCGGUUUGAACGGGGGUCCCUCAGUUUACCCUCAGGAACACAGCUUCCCCUGAACUACAGUCAAACCUUGGUUGUCGAACGUAAUCCGUUCCGGAAGCCCAUUCGGCUUCCGAAAAACGUUCGACAACCGAGGCGCGGCCUCCGAUUGGUCGCAACAGCUUCCUGCACUCAAGCGGAAGCCUCGUCCGGCAUUCGGCAUCCGAAAAACAUUUGAAAAACGGGGUAUUUACUUCUGGCUUUUCGGCAUUCAGGAGCCGAAACGUUCGAAAACGGAGCCAUUCAGGAGCCGAGGUUUGACUGUACCUCAAGUUCCCCCUCCUUGAGGCAGUGGUGGACUUUGGGCUUCAAAAUCUCAGCGGUGCCCUGUGAAAAAUCCGCCUUCCAUUGUCCAUCAUUUUUUGCGGUGCCCAUGGCACCUUCUUGGCUCGGUGCCCAGUUUGGGCGAACCGGUCCUGGCACCUUGAAUGAAGAGAGCACAAGGGCCAUCCAGUCCAACCCCCUGCCAAGCAGGAAACACCAUCAAAGCAUUCUUGACAUAUGGCUGUCAAGCCUCUGCUUAAAGACCUCCAAAGGAGACUCCACCACACUUCUUGGCAGCAAAUUCCACUGCCGAACAGCUCUUACUGUCAGGAAGUUCUUCCUAAUGUUUAGGUGGAAUCUUCUUUCUUGUAGUUUGAAUCCAUUGCUCCGUGUCCGCUUCUCUGGAGCAGCAGAAAACUUUUCACCCUCCUCUAUAUGACAUCCUUUUAUAUAUUUGAACAUGGCUAUCUUAUCACUCCAUCUUAAGAUCACGACGUCAUCAUUCCCACAAAGCUCCCCCUUCCAUAAGUGUCCCAAUACCUCCCCACUCCAACCCACCAGACCAUUGUCUGUCCCAUCAGCUGGUUCCCCACCUGUCCGCACGCACCCCCGUUUCUCUCCCUCUCCCUCGUGUGUCAGGGAGACUUCACUGGAUGUGGGGCUCAAGGGCAAGGCAAAAGGACGGCGAGCCUGAUUCCUCACCCCCUCUUUCCUACUGCCUCUGUAGAUUGGAUAUUGAGCGAGGAAAUGUGCAACCAGCCAGCCAGAAUUUGGAUCAUCUCUCAUGGGAUGAAGCCAUAACAGAAGGGCAGCAUUACCCCCAGAAAAAGAUUGGGGUCCACAUUUUUCUUUAUUAGAUCCACUUACCUCUGGUGGUCAGGCGGUGUUGGACGUCCAAGAUCUGGGGAUGUCGACUGUGGGGUGUGUGUGUGUUGCAGCCUACCUGUGGAAUGGCCAAUGAUCGGCUGGACCUAGGAGCAAGGAUUCCCCAGGGGUCGGACCAAGCUGGCAAAAACUCAUCGCUUUGGUCCGUUCCCGGUGUUGGGUGUAAAAUGAGGCCUCCCCCAGCCUCCUUGUGAUUUAAUUGCUGGCUCUCCCACCGUCCCUUAUUCAUACAUUUUGCCUUCAUGCUGGACCUUGCUAUGGUCUUCGUGUCAGCCGCCAUAUUCGGGGCCAGGCAGGAUGGUUUUUCCCCCACUUGGAAAAUCAGCUCAUGGUUUUUGCCUACAUCAUAGCAAUCAUCACAACCGCGUGUGGUUAUGCAUUGGGAAGAAAGGUUUUCAUUGCCUUCCACACGACUGGGCACACGGAGCCACUUGUAGUGUGUCGUUGAAAUUAUUGGGACUGCCGCUUACCCGCCUGAAAUUGAUAACAAACUUGCCUCUUUCAUCCUUUGAGAAAUGGGCCUGCUUUUAUUUGUUUGGAUGAGGGACCAAAAUGCAAUUCAGUUAAUUUUCUGGGAAUUGGUAUACCGUGAUAAUUGCCGUUUAGCAUUGGGGAAUAUGUGCAGCUUUGCAGAUUUGGGAUACAAAAACCUACCUCUUCCUCAAAAAAGAAAAAAAAGUUAGGCUUGUAAGGUGGGGGCAACAGCUAAAACUGGAGCAGGUCUCAAGGGCAGAGCGUUCUCUGCUGGAAAAGGUGUUUUAUUUGAAGGGAGAGAAGAGGGAAGUUUCUAGUGUUAGUUGUAGAGCGCUGGCUGCGAUUGCCAGUUGCAACGGUACAGAAUUUGGCUCGGGAAAAAGAUUCAAAAAUGAGUAUUAAAGGACUUUUUAAAAGAGCAAGGCACUUGCUUUCAGGAUAACCUCACCUACCAAGUUAUUGAAGGUUGGACUGGUUGUACACGAACUGACGCACAAAGCAUUGUACUGUGAUCCUCAGUGUGGCACUUUGCAACCCUCUGCCCACCGGUUCCUCCUAUGGCAUCCGGAAAGGGUUUCGGCAAACCAUCUCCUCAAAACUCAACGAUGCACGAGUUAGCUCUCCCUACUCAAUUCCUCUUUCUGUGGCUCGGCCUCUCCCGCCCUGAACAUGCCCCCUUAAAGAUGCCCAUGUUUCCCUGGGUGCCAGGGCUGGGCAACCCUCCCCUUUCUGAACAGGGGAGGUACAAAAAGCUUCUCUGUGCCGCCAUGGCUGAGGUGGGAGCCUUGCUGCCCAAUGACUGGGGGGGGGGAACACCUGUAUCAUUUGGUCUGCUAUCUUCCUGCCACACCUGCCCCCCGAAAGGUUGUGGCAACCCCAAGCCCAGUUCUACCUUGGCAGAAACCGCACUUCUCACAAAACUGAAAUUCAAACUCCAUCUGGACUGCACGUCUACAAGUGUGCUAAGCAGGGGAUGUGGAAUUGGCUGCAGAAUUUGUUUUUCUCUCGAGAGAAAAGAAGAGGUUUGGGGCAGGGGGCAGCAAGCUCAGGGCUAGGCCCCAAAAGCCAGAGGCAGGUUAAGUAAGGUGUGUUUUGUGUUUGCGGCAUGUAAAAGGGCUUCAGCAGCCCUGCACUGCUUACCUUUCUUGUGACGACAAGCAGUCUAGGAUCUAUUUUAUACAAAGUCAGAGACGUUAUAAAAGCCUGUUCAAUGUGUUCAAAUUAUGCCUGGCAGUAGCUAGUGUCACCAUUUUUAAAGACACAAGUAUUGGGACACACACACACACACACACACACACACAAUCCCAACCAGGGCUGUGUUCACGCUCAAAAAUAUACUUUGGGGGGUGCAAAAGUACAGGAACAAAAACCCGCAGUUGUUCUGGAAUCAGCUGCGAAUCCUGCAUGCAAUUUGGUUAGUUGCAAGCAGGAUGACAAGUGCUAUGGAUUCGGGUUAGAGAGAGAGAGCAGGUGCUCAUAGCUUCAGCACUACUCCAGAGGUGUCCAGACUGGAAACUUUCUCGUUUUUUUGUGACAUGGGCUUCUCAACAUGUGAUGGUUGAAGUUUCCUUUUGGGGGUGUCAGACAGGGCCGAUCCAAACCAUUUCAGCACCUAGAAGAACGGAAGCCCAGCGGAUACCCUCCACUAAAUAAGAACAGGGUGCAAGGGGGAGCGGUGAGGUAUGCUUGUCAUUGUGCGAGAACCUCAGGCUUUAUUUUAU